GGGGGCCCGGCGGCGCGGCGGGGAGCGGCCGCGGGGCCAUGAGGGCGGGCUCCGGCCAUGGCCCAUGGCAGCGCCGCGGUCAUGCUCAAGUGCGUGGUGGUGGGGGACGGCGCCGUGGGCAAGACGUGCCUGCUGAUGAGCUACGCCAACGACGCCUUCCCCGAGGAGUACGUGCCCACCGUGUUCGACCACUACGCAGUCAGCGUCACCGUGGGGGGCAAGCAGUACCUGCUGGGGCUCUACGACACCGCCGGACAGGAAGACUAUGAUCGUCUGAGACCUUUAUCUUAUCCUAUGACCGAUGUCUUCCUUAUCUGCUUCUCAGUGGUAAACCCUGCUUCAUUUCAAAACGUGAAGGAAGAAUGGGUACCAGAGUUGAAGGAGUAUGCACCUAAUGUUCCCUUUUUACUAGUAGGAACACAGAUUGAUCUUCGUGAUGACCCAAAAACUCUGGCAAGACUGAAUGAUAUGAAAGAGAAGCCUUUAUCUGUGGAGCAAGGACAGAAAUUAGCAAAAGAGAUAGGAGCCUACUGCUAUGUGGAGUGUUCAGCUUUAACGCAGAAGGGACUGAAGACUGUUUUUGAUGAAGCUAUUAUAGCCAUUCUGACUCCAAAGAAACACGCGGUGAAGAAGAGGAUAGGCUCAAGAUGCAUAAACUGCUGUUUAAUCACGUGAGAUACAUUUGACAACGGCCAGGCUUACUGUGAAAUUCUACUGAAUUUAAAUACAACGCAUUAAGGUACACGGCGAACUUGUUUGAAAGCUAAAACUACGAUUCUGCCUUCUACAACCAGUGAAAUCCGGAGGAAUAAAAUCAAACUCAAUGAACUUGUAAUAAGAAGCCACCAUGUCUGUUACAAAUAUUUUAUUAAGACUGGAAGGUACAAUCUCUCAGGGUUACAUAGUCUAGAGGAAGCAAAAACUGCACCAUGUUGAAACAGCAUCUGUGUGAUGCUACUGUGUGGAGAUGCUUGGCCUGAAAUACUCUAACUGAAUUUGGAUAGUCUUCUGCUUUGACUACAUAUAUACAUAUAUAUCUAAAAAACAAAACAAAACCCAACAAAAAACGUUUGCACAGUCUGUAUGGAAUCUGCACAAAGAAAUACCUUGUCUCUCUUUGCUCCAGUUAUCUGCUUUUGUAUGUAAGCUGCUUCCGGUUCCAGUGUAUCCACAGAGGUGCAAUAAUCAGACCAGCCACAUAGCCAAAGGUAGCUCCGAGGGAACAGGAAAUGGGCCAUACCUGAGGGAGAAUGCAAGGUAAAAACAGACAUUGAGAAAAAUAUUUGUGGUUUUUUGUACGUUGUGAGCACAAAUUCUCAGUGUAACCUAGGUACUGAAAGACAAUGCAGUCUCGUUCUGCUUUAAAGCUUGAUGUGCUUUCCUAAAAAUGCCAAAAGUGUAACAGUCGUACAUGCAUCUUCAUGAACACUAAAUGCUGUUGUACAGUUUUUUAAUUAAUACACAUUAAAACGUAACCAGGCUUCUGGCUAUUGCAGACAUUAGUUUGAUAUUCCCAAAACUAUGUGAAAAACUUGGAAGUAUUUAUAUCCCAUGAAGUGUUCAGCUAACCUAACUUCCUGUUCUGCUGCACACGCUGGGAAACCUGAAGAUUUCUUUGUGACAGUCGGACUCGAUUAUCUUUGUAGGUCCCUUCCAACUGAAACUAUUCUAUUCUAAGUCUGCCUCUUUCAGUCUUUCCUUCCAAUUUCUCAAGACAUUCUGAAACUUUCAGAGGUGUGUCUAAAUGAACUACUCAAGUAAGGACAGAGAUUAAUAGAGGGUUUUUCUUUUGGUCUUGAAAAGUAGGCAAAGGGAUGAGUUUCCCUUUGGGUAGCAGAAGGAAGGGAACGUAAAUUUAGAAACUGAACAUUGCACCCAGUUCAGGAAAAACAUUGUAUUUUAUAAUAUAACAUAGAAUAUAAAACAUAAAAAUGUUGAAGACUCUAGGAGUGUUUUAAUUAUAAGCUCUAUUUCGUAACAUGAGAACAGGGAACUGACUCAAUACAGCUGACUCACUUUCACAAAGCAUCUAGUAUUGAAGAGAAGUAAUGGAUGGACCCCUCGUCCCCUUUUAAAUUGGUAUUGAUUUGCACGGAAGAAGGGCCAAAACAAAACUGCAACCAUUCUAUCUUCAAAUGUAGCAUAUUUUACCAGUCAACUUACAUGCUGCAUUUGAUGAGGGUCCCAACUAAGCUGGCAAUUAAAAAUAUUUAUUGUAGAAAAAAACUGAAUUCCCAACCCUCUUCAAAAUUCUCCUUUGCACAUUGCAGGGUCAGUUUUGCACUUCCUGCUGUACAGUUCGUAAGCGAGUGCAGACUGCACUCUCCUAUUCUUUAUUUUUUAAAUUAAGGGGGAUUUUCCCACCUUCUAUAGUACUUGAGACUGAGAAAUGCACUAGACAUUAAAGAAUAUAUCCACAUCUCAGUGCCCAGGCUUUUUUCCUACAUCAUUUUGACUGGCGAUUCAUGACUAUCAAAUGAAUUUACUCUUAAUGGUACUGGUUCCUCCUUUCACUCAUUUUCCUAGCUGUAAUUCUUCUCCAUACUUCAUUAUCACUCAGAGAAAUAUAUUUAUUCAUCUCCUUCAAUCAUUGGAAUUUUUACUAGGAAUAGGAGUAACUUAUUUUGUCCUCUGCUGUUUCAUCUUCACAUUCCUUAGCAUUUGCAGUUUUAUAUAUUAUUUGGAGGUCUUAAGGAGUGUAGCAAAGAUGACUAUAAACAAGGUGCCUUAGGUACUCUUUAUUGACCUUGUUUCAUUCUUCCAUUUCCGGACAUUGUCUCUCUGCUACUUGGUUUUGUUGCCAGAAUGUUUUGGCUGGUGCCUCUCAAACCAAAGACUUGCUUGUUUCCAUUCAUUUAACAGUGGCAUUGUAGAUCUUCGAUAAAAAACCUUGAGAUGCUUUGGCAUGGUAAGAUAUUACAUGUAUUUAAAACUCACAUGACUUUGUGGCCUUGGCUAAACUUAUGCUUCAGGUAGAUCUUUUCAACUUUUAAAUAAAAUUUAAUCAAGUUAUUUCUAGCAUUUUGCAGGCUAUUACGUGUGUGUAAAGAACAAAGCAAAAAAACCUCCCUGUGACCCCAGCUGCUCACUCAGUAACAUUUGGUGGAAACAGCAAUCAAACUCUCUUAUCUGCUGGUGAAGUCGAAUACCACUCUAAUAUCUACAAAACUAUGGACAGAGGCUUCACAAGUCACUGGUCUUUUUUGCAUCAAAUUCUCUAUCUGUGAGCGAUCAAUGAUCCUUCAUUAAAUUUUACCUACAUUAGGUCAAUCUGUAGUUGCCUAUUUGCUUUUCACAAGUGUAACUAGAUGUCAGACUCUGAAUUUGUCGUGUUCCCAUAACCCGUAAAUCAAUAUCCCUGGUGACCCAUUCACCCUGUAUCUUUUGGUAUUUUGUGUAUAGUGGGCAAUUGUUGCUACAAUUAAAAGGAUCUCUGUUGAUU